AUGGCUGCUCUUUUUUGGUUACUUAUAAUCUGUUUUGUGUAUGUUUCUGACAUUGGGAUCGAGUGUUCAGACACUUUAACUCCUUACCAGGUUUUCAAGAAUGGACAGACUUUAGUCUCUGCCAAUCAGAGAUUUCAGCUAGGAUUUUUCAAUGUUUCUUCGAAAAAUGAUCACAACCAUAGAAUGUGGAUGAAGCCAUUGCGUGGAUCUAGGAUUAAACUUGUUUUAAACUCUGUUGGAGAUCUUUUGCUUCGGAAUGAUGAGAGAACUGUGAUUUGGGUUUGUAGGGUUGCAAAGCCUGCUUCCAGGCCAGAACUGGUGCUCCUGGAUUCCGGCAAUCUUGUUAUUAAAGAUGAGUCUAUUGCCCAUGCUAAGAAGAAGAAAGAUGCGACCACGACUGCCAGCAUUCUUAUAUCAGCAAUUUUCUGGAUUAGUUUUUGGUUUGUUGUUGGCUGGCGUAUAUGCCAUUUUAAGGAGGCCAAGAGGCAAGGUCCUGCAGGAGGUGAGGAGAAUGAUCAAGAUGUUGCAUUGUUCAAUAUAAACGCAAUUUCUGCUGCUACCAAUAAUUUCUCCCCAGACAAUAAAAUUGGACUAGGAGGUUUUGGUCCUGUUUAUCAGUCAGAUGUGUACAGCUUUGGUGUUUUGGCAAUAGAGAUUAUAAGCGGCCAAAAGAACUGGGGUUUCCAUCAUCCUGAUCAUGAGCAUAAUCUUCUAGGACAUGCAUGGACAUUGUGGAACGAGGGACGUGCUUUGGAACUGAUGGAUCUAGUUUUAGAAGGGUCGUCUAAUGAGACUGAAGUUUCUCGAUGCAUCCAAGUUGGCCUGUUGUGCGUCCAGCAUCGGGCUGAAGAAAGGCCAACAAUGUCUGAAGUGGUUUCCAUGCUGCAGGAUGAGCGUGAAAUAUUAGUUGAACCUGGAGAACCUGGUUUCGUUAGUGUAAGGUCUUUCAGGUCGACUGGUCCUGUAUCGUGCGCCAGCAACAAUGACAGUGUCAAUGGUUUGACGGUAACAACUUUAACAGGUAGACUAUAA